AUGAACGCGGUGUACAAUCGGCUGCUGUCGAAUGGAGGAAGCGGCAGCACGUCGCCGUCGCCGCCGGCGUCGCCGAUGCGGUCGCCGAGGUUGCGGCACGGGAGGCCGCCCAAGGGGGGGCGGUUCGCUCAGCAGCAGCCGUGGGGGCAGAUGAGGGCGCUGCCGCAGCGGAUCGCUUGGGCGCUUCUUUCCCUCCUCCUCCGGCGGCAGGCAAUCUUCCUCUUCGCCCCGCUCAUCUAUAUCUCCGGGAUGCUCCUCUACAUGGGGACCGUAUCGUUGGACGUCGUACCGCGGAUCAUAAUGCGGCCGCCACCUGGGUCCGUCUACCGCAGUCCCCAUCUCUACCAGAGGCUCCGCCAUGAGAUGGACUCAGAUAAUUCAUCCGACCACUCGGUGAGGAGACUGGGUCAGUCGGCCCCCCAUUGCCCUUUAUAAUUCAUCAGGCUACAACCGGUUGCCGAGCUCUGGGAUCUGUCAGGAUCUGAGCUCUUGUAUGACGUUCUCAUCUGAGCCCUUGUACCCUUGUUUACCGAUGCCAUGGUUCUCGUCGUUCUCAUUUUCCGUCUUCUCCCAUAAGAAUCGGUGGCAUCGGGUUCUAUAUGGUGGUUCUCAUCUGUCUUCAGUGCGUUUUUUUUUUUUUUUUUCCCCAGUAGCAAUAUUCAUUAACUAAAUUAGUUAUUGCUGAAGAUAUAUUUUUUUUAAAAAAUAAUAUAAUCCUGGGGGGAAGUGAAACUUUUCAUUUUUUUUGGUCUACAAGAUAUUUUAAUUUUAUUCAUGGAAUGUGGCAAAGUUUGCUAGUUGUCGAUUGAGCACGACUGAAGCUUCUACCUUUGCUGUAGCUAGCAGCAAUAUGGAGACACCCUCUUAAAGGUGGUGAAUGGAGACCUUGCAUAAACAGGAGUUCAAAUGGUAUGAUCUAUCACAAAAUAGGGAAAUAGUUGUCGCUUCCAUUCCUGAAAUGCACACAAUUUCUUCUGUUGCUUGUGUAUGGAAGAAUGUUUUCAUUACUAUUAUUGACUUUUUAUUCUUCUUUUUUCUCUGUGCUUGCCUGGUUUUAUACGACUGAUAUGUCCACUAAAUUAUCUUGUUUCGUUUUGGUAACUUAUGCAUUGGGGUUUAUAUGAUUCCCUUUCCAGUUUUUAUCAUAUAUUUACAGCUUACAACUUAGAAGAAAUACGGUGAUGUGGUCUUCCUAAAGCAUAUAUUUACGAGACAAACUGAGUGCAUUGAUGAAAAACAAAAUGAGCAAAGUAUCAUAACAAAAAUAGGAAUGGAUAAAGAAAGGGUGAGUCUUAUGUGAAAGGUCGUGAUCUUCAUGAAAUGCUUCCAUUCAUAAGCUAUUCCAGUUUAUAUCAUUUCACCUUAUCUGAAGAGAAUGUAGAUGGAACAGCCCCAUAAUCUGCCGAUGAAUGACUACUUCUUGUCAAUGUAGAACAGAGUAGAGAUCUGAAUGGCAGAUUCCCUGCGGUAAACACCGACCCUUUAUGCAGUAAGGCUUAUUUUGUAAUCUAUUUAGUAGACGGAUGGGUGAGAUGAUUGUGUGAUUCUUAGUGGAUGAUGCCGCGUUGUCCACUACUAUUCAUGGAAUAGAGAAGUAGUAAUCUCCAAGAUUUUGGCGACAACUCAGUGACAUUUUUGGCGGGGAUGGAGCAUAUCAGUGGAGAACAAUUGGGUUGACAUACUGCUAUGUUUUGUGGGAUCAAAGCACAUCAGUGGCAUCUUUCUUUUUGGCAGAUACUUUGACCAUUUGCAUAAAGGCUAAGUGCUGCAUCUCUCUUGACUCAGGUUUGGGCUAUUCAAACGGCUAUAUAUAUGUCGAGGCAAAUGGUGGCUUAAAUCAGCAGAGAAUUUCGGUGAUCCCUCUUUUUUUCUUGGUCAACAUGAACCAGAUAUAAUUACACGAGAUCUGCUGCUUAGACCGAAUCUAAUUCUCAUCGAAGUAGUUUUUCACAGUUCCUUUUCGAACUCAUGGCUGGUAUUUUUGUUUGGGUGUCGUGUUUCACAGAUAUGCAAUGCAGUUGCCGUCGCGGGUUAUUUGAAUGCGACUCUUGUAAUCCCAAACUUUCAUUUCCAUAGUGUGUGGAAGGACCCAAGGUUUGUGUUCUCAACAUGGUUGCCCAAGGCUCGAUUUCUUCAAAGCUAUUUUGCCAAAUGUUCAUUCUAUAUGGAUUCCUAUCUGUGCCAUUAGUAGAUAUACAACCUCAAAGGAUUCUUAGAUAAUUAAAAAAAAUAAAAUCUCAUAGUUUAUGAACCGUCAUAAAUUGGCCCAGAUUGUAGCUGACAAACUGUGUAAGCUCUGCCUGUUUAAUUGGUAUGAAGAUCUCGGUUUUUUUUUUUUUGUGUGUUUUAUUACAUGCCCCAGCAAUGUGCUCAUUGUUCAUGCUGUUCUAAUGAGUAAAGACUAAAUCUAGUGGUAACUCGAGUCUAUGUGAUUUAUGUGAUUGAAGUGAAGUGACUACUGGCAUUUUUUUUUCCCCCCUCAAAAUCAUGAAAAGGGCAUGUGGGUUGGAAAUAUAUUAACCCAAGUUUCUUCUUCCUGGCGCAGCAAGUUUAGAGAUAUCUACGACGAGGAACACUUUGUCAGCACCUUAAAAAGCGACGUGCGGGUGGUCGCCAAGGUGCCUGAUUUUAUCAUGGAAAGAUUUGGCCACAACAUGAGUAACGUUCCCAACUUCAAGAUCAAGGCCUGGUCUCCCAUCCAUCUCUACAGAGACGUAGUUCUGCCCAAGCUGAUGGAGGAGAAGUGAGUAGACAAUCUUGCUAUAUUUGCUGCUUUUCGUGGCUUUUAUUGCUUCUGUAGUAGAAGGGAAUCGCUACCGAUCGCUUUACUCUACAAGCCCCCUUCCAUCAGAAAGCUAACUACGAGAAAUGCUCUGUUCUCCCUGCAAUGGGCAUUAUGUCUUCUUAAAAAUUGUCAUAUUGUGAACAUUCCCCCUCGGCGUGCAUACAUCAGACUGAUGAUCUCCAAGGCCUUUUAAUUCCGUAAAAUUUUCAAUUCGUUUUUGAGAACACCGCCGUUUUUCCUCCUGUUAGAAAUUUGUGCCAUUUUACUCAUUCCUUGUAUACAUGACAUCAUAGCAGAGAAAAUCAUUUUUGGCCUAGAUUAUAAGCUUCUUUGUUCCCUUCAAAUAAUUCCUAGAAAAUGGAUACACAUUUGAAAAAAAAAGGGUAAUGAUCGUCAAAUGCCCCAUCAACUGCUUAUUGUGACCAAACAAACAUUUGCAACAUUCCAGGGCUUCUUCCCCUGAUAUGAGGUCUUUGGGAGUGUUACAGUUGUUUGGAACACUCUAUGGAAACUUUGUAGAUAUAUUUUCUCUGGGAAUCUGAUCUUCCUGGAAUCACCUGCUCAAGAAAUUCCCUUCUUUCUCCCCAUUUCAAUCCAGGCUCAUUAGGAUCUCUCCAUUUGCAAAUCGGUUGUCGGAGGAUGCUCCUGGUGAUGUCCAGCGUUUAAGGUGCCUUGCAAACUACGAGGCUUUGAGGUUCUCAAAUCCCAUAUCCUCCAUGGCCGAAAGCCUUGUUGCCCGAAUGAGAAGGCACAGCCUAAAUGAUAACGGGAGGUACAUCGCAGUUCAUCUCCGCUUCGAAGAGGUCAACCACUCAAAACCCAUUUCCUCUGUGCUUCGCAGUUCAUCGACUCUAUGCUUUGCUCUUGCACUGCAGUCCUCUGAUAAUCUUGCUUCAAAUCCAUUACUCAAAGGAUAUGGUUGCCUUCUCGUGCUGUGUAUUCGAUGGUGGAGAGAAGGAGAAGAAAGACAUGGAUGCAGCUAGAGAGAGAGGCUGGAGAGGGAAAUUCACCAAACGUGGUCGUGUUAUACGACCAGGCGCCAUCAGGAUGAAUGGAAAAUGCCCACUUACCCCUUUGGAGGUAUAUAUCUUUAUUCCCCCAUCUAAUUUCACCUAUACUGAUUCCUAUGCACCAUACUCCUUGUUCAUGUGGUGUUCCUGAUCUGCUACCUCGAAACACUGUGAUCAAAUGCCUUCUGGUCUACCCUUCCUUCCGUAUCCUGCAAAGGACUCUGCAUUUUUACCCGACUGAGCAGCUCAUCUUGUUCAAACUUUGUCGACCGUUGUAAGAAAAGGAGAUCUGAUGAUUGAAUUUCUACACAGAAAAAACCCAUUUGACUUCUCUGCUUUUUCAAAGCCCUUCUGAGUGACUACCAUGUCUAUCUUUGUUCCCUCUUCGUAAUUUGGCUGCAGAUCAUGAGACGGGACUAUUGACUUUGCUUUCUUGUGUACAUGUUUUCCGAGGGACUUGUUGGUGUUCGUGUUUAUAUUUCUCCCAGCAUAGAGAUGUCACGAUUCAAAGAUGUGAGAUGAGAUGUUUCCAUGAGUUUCAUGCGGGAAAAUCAUUGCCCUCGAACACGUGUGUCAGCAAAGUUUGACUUUUACAGAUUGCUUGGAAUUUUUGUAGUGAUUUUAAAGUAAUUCUUUAAAUAGUUAUGAAUGAAUAAACGCUAUGUUCUCACACUGGGCACAACCUGUUGUUACUCUAAUUCUUGUCUUCAGGUCGGGCUAAUGCUUCGGGGCAUGGGGUUCAAUAAUAAUACAUCGAUUUACUUGGCAUCCGGGAAGAUCUACGAGGCAGAGAGGACCAUGGCUCCACUCCUCGAAAUGUUUCCUCUUCUGCAAACCAAAGAGAUGUUGGCAUCCGCCGAGGAGCUCGCCCCAUUCAAGGUGCCCCUAGUUGCUUCACUACGCCAUUCAUCCCCCAGACCUUAGACAUUGGACCCGGCAAUUUCUAUCUGUCUUUCUAAUCUUGUGCAAGUCCUUCUAGAACUACUCCUCCAGGAUGGCUGCCAUAGACUACACCGUUUGCCUCCAGAGCGAGGUGUUUGUCACAACUCAAGGUGGAAACUUCCCACACUUCCUCAUCGGCCACAGGCGGUACUUGAACGGUGGGCACUCGAAGACCAUCAAACCUGACAAGAGGAAGCUGGCUCUCUUGUUCGACAAUCAAAAUAUCGGGUAUGCAUCUCAUGAUCCUCUGGAAUAUCCCUCCACUUGCUCCUCCACACUGUUCUGAUAAUGCAUUCUCAUGAUCCUCUGGAUUUAUGCAGUGUUCCUAGUUUGUUUUCUAGUGCUAAGCUAAAUGGUACUUGCCCCAACGAAGAGCACCUCUGGAAUGCACGGUUCAUCUUUACGUCCCAUAAACUGAGAUGGCAUGGCUCUGACCCUAGUUUUUUGCAGGUGGAGGUCUCUCAGACGCCAUCUGGUAAAUAUGCGAGGCCACAGCGAUGCCAAGGGCAUCGAGAUUAAACGGCCUAGCGAUUCCAUCUACACAUAUCCCUGUCCUGACUGCAUGUGCCGCCUGAGUAAAUCAGAAACAUCAAAGGUUUGGUCGGCACAGAGGACCACCCCAGAGGGAAAUCCCCGCUCAGCCUAA